AUCAAGUUUACUAGAUCAACUAGCAGCACUCGACAUAGCAAAAUUACCAUACCGUCGUCUCUGGUAUCCAAUCAACGUCUCCGGCCGUCGAUAAAUUUCUCUCUUUUUUGUCCAAUUCAGAGGUUAAUUAUUAGGCUCUGUUAAAUUGAUUUUUCUUCGGAAAACUCACCGGCGCUGGGAAAAGUUGUGCUUCGUAUGAUGGGAUCUUGUAUCUGUCCGUUGGAAACUCCGGCGAGGUUGCUCUGGACCACUAGUUUCUUCCGACACAAGCUGAGGCUAUUCUAAUAUACUCGUUAUACCGUCGUAUUGUAACCUAACUUAAAACUCUAUUAAAAGUAGAGUUAAUUCUUCACUGGAAAAACUUACGCACACGCUUGUGUAUACGUAUAGUAUAUUGGUAUUGGAUUGCAGGAGAUCUGAGAAAAGAAAUGGAUUUUGGACGUAGUUUCUUUAAUUCCUCGUAUUCUGGCAACAUGUUUCCAGGAAAUGGUGAUUCCAUUUUUCAUGGAGCAACAUCGGUGAUGAGCAUGGAGGAAACCGCAAAGAGGCGACCAUUUUUCAGCACACCGGAAGAACUCUAUGAUGAAGAGUACUUAGACGAGCAGUCGCCGGAGAAGAAGCGCCGACUCACUCCUGAACAGGUGAACUUGCUUGAGAAGAGCUUUGAGGCAGAGAACAAGCUGGAGCCAGAACGCAAAACCCAGCUGGCCAAAUAUCUGGGAUUGCAGCCUCGACAGGUGGCAGUAUGGUUCCAGAACCGCCGUGCACGAUGGAAGAACAAGCAGCUCGAAAGGGAUUACGAUCAACUCAAAUCCUCCUACGAGUCCCUUUUGUCCAAUUAUGACUCCAUUCUCAAGGAGAACGAAAAGCUCAAAGCAGAGGUAAAAUCACAUCUAGCUAACUUAACUGUCUUUUAGUUUGUGUACAAUUUCUCAAGCUUUUGAAUCUUCUUCUUUUUAUAGUUUUUGCCCUUCUCUUUAGAUGCCAUUUACGAGUCUGAAGUAUUAAACAGGAUAAUUCAAAAAGCUUAUGAUUAAAUUAAUGUGAGCAGUAAAUAAAAAAUAAUAACUUAAGUAAUUAAAAAUAUCGCAGUAUAAUACUUUGCUCUUUUUUCUCUUGGAACUGGGGGAUAGGGUGGGUAUUGGAGACCAGUAGUUUGGGUUGAAAGUCACAAUUCUUGCGGGUGACAGUCACUUGAAGUUGUCUGGAAGUGACAAUAGUCUUCUAAUAUUAAGGUUUGGGGAGCAUUAUUUGUUGAGAAUCCCUCAAUCCUUUCUUAAGUGGACAAGGUGUAGCAUUGAAAAUUUUUCUAGAGUUGCAAAAUUAGAUAAAAUAGGGUACAAUAUCUUUAUGGGGAGCACAUAUAGAAAUGGAAUUCAUAAAUUGAUAAAGGGUCUACUUGAUGUAGAUUUUUUUAUUAUAUAUUUUGUUAAAAAGUGAUUUUUUGAAGAAUGUGGGGUUAAAAGGAAGGGAAAUGUUACGGGUUCUAUGCAAAAUUAUUUUAUUGGAAGAAUGAUAUAUAUGAAAAUGAGUUUGGAAAAGAGAAAAUUGAGUUUCAAAGAAUCUGUACCAAAUGGGGCUAGGAGAACUUCGGUAAAUGAAUUUAGAAUGAAAAGUUGGAAUAUUUGGAUUGGAUUCUAACUUAAAUUGUAUUCUAGUUUAACAUCUCGCCGUGGCUCAUAGGGAUGGCAAAAAAACCUUCUAAACCCGAUACUCGUAGGCCCGCUCCAAAAGGGAAGGGGAUUAGCCACUUAAUUGGGUAUUCGGGUUGAGGAACUUCGAGCGGGGGUGGGUACGGGUGACUAGCGCCACCCUAUUUAACUUUUUUUAUUUAUUUUUAUUUUUUAAGAAAUCAAUAUUUUAAAUAAAAAAACUCCACGAAAUUUCAUUAGUUCUAAUAGAAUAUGGCAAUUAAAAUUAUCCAGGGAAUAUGACAAAU